UAGAGAUGAUACCAGAAAUUAGUAAAAAAGACAAAGCUAAAGAUUCGGUAUACAACGAUAAUAAUAAAAAAAUUCAUGAUGAAGAGGAGGAUUUUAAAAAAAGCUCGGAUGAUUUUAACAUUGAAUUGAUCACAACGGCAAUUAGUACAGACGAUGAUCCAAAUUUGCCAUGUUUAACUUUUCGAUAUUGGGUGUUAAGUACUUUCUUUACGGCACUGGGUGCCGCAGUAUCAGUAUUCUACUUUUUUCGUGCAAAUAACCUAGUUUAUUCAGUAUUCUUUGUGAUACUCGUAUCCUAUAUUGUGGGUAAAUGGAUGGAAAGAAUCUUACCAAAUAAGAAAUUUGGUAUUAAAAAUUGGGAAUUUAAUCUAAAUCCAGGUCCUUUUAACUAUAAGGAACAUGUGUGCAUAACCGUGGCAGCUACUGCUGGUGGUGUUAGCGCGUAUGCUGUGGAUAUUAUCUCAAUCCAAGAAUUAUUUUAUGAUACUAGAGUUAGUUUUUUAGUUGGUUUUAUGUUAUUGAUUAGCACGCAAAUGAUUGGUUACGGGCUCGCCGGAUUUGUUCGAAAAUAUUUGGUUCGUCCAGCCAACAUGAUAUGGCCUCAAUCUCUUGUCUCCGCUACAGUGUUCAACACAUUACACGGCAAUACUUCAGAAACGAACGAUAAAAUUCGAUUUUUUACUAUCGCUUUUGUUUCAAUGUUUACUUGGCAGUUUAUACCAUCAUACAUAUUUCCAUGGUUAGCCAGUGCUGCCAUAUUAUGCCUUAUUGCUCCAAAUAAUAAUAUGAUAAAGACUUUGGGAAGUUCUUAUAAAGGUGCUGGAAUUCUUAAUAUUUCCUUAGACUGGAACGCUAUUGGUCAAGUCUCUCCCCUGUUCACACCAUGGUGGUCUCAAGUAAAUUUUUACAUUGGCAUCGUUUUAGCAAUAUGGUUCAUUGGUCCAUUGCUGUACUUUAAUAAUGUCUUUGAUGCACAAAAAUUUCCUUUCUUAUCAACUUUUUCAUUCGAUAAAGAUGGAAAAAUAUAUAAUCAGACAAGAGUCAUAGAUCCAGUAACUGACGAUCUCAAUGUUGCUGCAUAUGAAAAUUAUAGCCCUGUAUAUAUGUCUGCUUUAUUUGCCGUUGAUUAUGGUUAUUACUUCAUGCAAUUUCCUGCAACCAUUUGUCAUGUGUUACUAUUUCAUGGAAAAGAGGUUUGGAAUCGAUACAAGAAAACUCGUGAAGAGGAGGAGGAGGCUGACAUUCACUGCAAAUUGAUGGAUGUUUAUCCAGAUGUACCAUAUUAUUGGUUUGGCUCUAUUUUCAUUCUCAUGUUAAUAAUCGCAAUUACACUUGGCUAUACAACUGGUGUAAAUUUACCUUGGUGGGGUGUAUUGUUAGCUGUUGCUAUCGCUGUAUUAAUGGUGCUUCCGAUAGGAAUUAUUCAAGCUAUUUCAAAUUGGCAACUUGGUUUGAAUGUUUUGACUGAGUUGGUGUGUGGUUUAAUUCUACCUGGAAAUCCUAUCGCGAACGUAUAUUUUAAAACUUAUGGAUAUAGGUCCUUAGCUCAAUGUUUGUUAUUUGUUCAAGAUUUAAAAUUGGGCCAUUAUAUGAAAAUUCCUCCAAGAAGCAUGUUCACAGCACAAGUAUGGGGUACAAUUGUUGGCGUAAUAGUAAAUUAUUGGACAUUGUAUAUUAUACUCAAUACAAAAAGAUCUUAUAUUGAUGGUACAGAAGUUGAUCCAACCGGCCAAUGGGUUGGUCUUAAUUCACAAAUAUUCAAUACUGCAUCUAUAGUAUGGGGAUUGAUUGGACCGGUUAGGAUUUUUGGGGCUGGCACACUUUAUAACGUACUUCUCUGGGGCUUCCUAAUUGGUGGCUUUUUACCAAUACCAUUUUACUUACUUCAUCGAAUGUUUCCAAAGGCAAAAUUUGAUCUCGUGAAUGUUCCUGUGAUAUUAGUUGGUUUGGCCACUUUUCCCUCAACUUAUCCAAAUUUCAUAAUCACUGGGUUUAUUGCUAGCUUUUUAAGUCAAUAUUAUGCAUUUCGUUAUAAAUAUAAUGGUGCACAAGUCACGACAAUAGUAAUUUUCGUUUUUCUUGGCGGUCUUGCAGGGUUACAAUUUCCAACUUGGUGGGGUUUUGAUCCGUCAACUCAAAGUGAACACUGCUUUCCCAUAAAUAGAACUACUUUUACGUAG